AUGGACGUAAUCCGCUAUAGGGAUGUCGCAGAUUACGUUGGCGAAGAACCAUCACAUAAACUGCUACGGGGGCAUGGUGUUAAGUUCACGGAUAAAGAAUCGUUGAGCAUUUUUAUCCAUUCGACUGAUACUUUAUCAAAUCUAAAGAGGAACAUAUUGCAGAAGGCAGGAUUAGCUGGGGCCAAGUUGGUGAAGAAGGUGUUCUACAAGAUUCUGAUGGCGAUCGUGUCAAGUGGUGUGCAGUAUGAAACAUUUGUCAUAGGGUCGGAUGAAGACAUGGGGUUGUUGUUUCAUUGUCGGCGGAGUUUUCUGGAGGUGAGAAUACACGAGUUGUUUGCCAAGUUGAAAGACCGUGUGAAAAGUUCCGGGGCUUCAGCGCCAAAUCCUCAAUCAACGACGGUGGGGGGUGCUUCUACUUCGAUGCCUGUCAUUGCACCUAGUUGUCUCCUACCUGCACCUCCACCUAUUCUAGCACCGGCAGAUAGGUCACCCAGUUUGAUUACUGGUCUUGUUGGAAGUGGUGAGCCGGAUCACAUUGAGGACGCGAUGCAGGACUAUGAUUCGGACGAUGAUCCCGAUCACAUAUCAGGGGAUAGUGAGGAGGAGACUCCAGUGCCCCCACUUGCACCUCAGGGGCCAUCCAGUUCUAAGUCCCACCAACAACCUCCGCAUUUCUCGACGCUUAAUUUGGAAGCAGUGAGUCAACAACCAGAUUAUGCACACACCUUCAGAUACCAAGGAUUACACGAGGGUAAUGCUUCUAGAAAAUUUCAGAUUGGUCAAUCUUUCCAGACUAAGGAGGAAGCUAUGAUGAGUGUUAAAGAUUAUAGCAUUCGUCGUGGAGUCUAG